AUGUUCAUUAUCCGGACCCAGGAACUUGAAGCUGAAACCACCGAACUCAAGAAGGAUCUCGGCCUGAGCGAGUUUGCCGUUCCCAUUAUCAAGCUCAAAGAGCGAGGCAAAACAGAAGGGGCUUUGAAGUGUCUCGACGAAUUUCUUGUUGCUAAGGCAGGUGCUAAUAUGAUCGACCUGUACAGUGAUAUAUGGGAUGACUGCGGGUCCUACUUUGGCGAGCAGCACGAAGACGCCAAGGUCAAAGGGAAGAUGGAUUGGAUACCUCUACCAAUCGAAGCGCCCAAGACUAGGGAGGAGGCCAUUAGGCUCCGCCGAAUUUGGGCAGAGGAGAACGCUAAAGACCCGACUGAGCCUAUGAAGCUCUAUGAUAUCAUUCGGAGCAACAAGGAUGCUACUGAACUAGACAAGACCGGAUUCUAUCUCUCGAUUCCAGUCGACUCGCUUGCGUUUGAAACCUUCACGAAGCUCUUUGGGAACUCCAAACCCGGGAAGCGGAUCAUAUGGGAAGAUUUAGAGUACUCGCUGGAAUGA